AUGGCGGACAAUUUGGAGGAUUUCUUCCGGGAGAAUGUUGGUAUCGUCCUUCCAAAGUCCGUCUGGAUGGUUUUCAUCUGCAUUCCGGUGCUGGGCUUCUGUUCCAUUCGAAAGCUCUCGAAAUUGGGGCCAUUCGCAACCGCAGCCAACGUGAUUUACUUGGGCGCAGUGGCGAUUGUGGUAUAUUUCUUCUCCAGCAACCUGAAAUCGACGGAUGAGCUGACGACAUGA